CCAAUAAAACCGCGCAAAGCCAUCAGGCCAUUCAGUUACGAGACACGUGGGUAGUCAUCACUACGAACGAACGCUGAAGCAAUCAUAGUGCAUAGCAGCGGAAGAGGCAGACGCACGUCAGCUCAAUAGACAGUCGAACUCCUCAAAGGGCCAGCACCCAGAGCUUGUGGGAGACAUCACACCAUGGCGUCGUCGUUCACCCCUGAAAUGCUGGCGAAGCUGCACAGCAACACGUCGCACAUCCGCAACAUGUGCAUCCUCGCUCAUGUGGACCAUGGCAAGACAACGCUGGCAGACAGCCUGUUGGCCAGCAACGGCAUCAUCUCCACCCGCAUGUCUGGCAAGCUGCGGUAUCUGGACAGCCGCGAAGACGAGCAGACCCGAGGCAUCACCAUGAAGUCCAGUGCUGUCACACUCUUGCACAAAGCAGAUGGCGAGCCGUAUGUGAUCAAUGUCAUUGACUCGCCAGGCCACGUGGACUUCUCAUCUGAGGUCUCAACUGCCGUUCGCCUCUCUGACGGCGCCGUCAUCCUGGUCGACGUCGUUGAAGGCGUGUCUGCACAGACCCACGCGGUGUUGCGUCAGGCGUGGGCCGAGAACAUCACGCCAGUGCUGGUCAUCAACAAGAUUGACAGAUUGAUUCUUGAGCUGAAGAUGACGCCUGCGGAAGCCUAUGAACAGCUGUUGCGUGUCCUCGAACAAGUGAAUGCGGUGACGGCGACGCUGUUCACGACAUCUGUCAUUGAGCGCUUGGACGAGCAGCCAGAUGACAUGAUCGAAGACGAAAUCGUUGACCAGGAUGACUCUGGCCUCUACUUUGAACCCGAGCGCGGUAACGUCAUUUUCGCAAGUGCCAUUGACGGGUGGGGGUUCACCGUGCACGACUUUGCUGCGAUUGUUGCCGCCCGCCUCGGCUGUGGUGUCGGCGCUCUGCAGCGCUGUCUCUGGGGCGAUUACUACGUCGCAAAGGAGAAAACGGGUAUGAAGGUUCGCAAGGGCGCGUACGGCAAGGGAAAGGCGCCUCUGUUUGUCAAGUUUGUGCUGGAGCCCGUCUGGAGCAUGUACCAGGUGGUUGUUGAGGAAAUGAACCGUGAGAAGAUGAAGAAGAUGACGGCAGCGCUCAACAUCAAAGUCUCUGCUCGCGAUUGGCAAUCUGAUCCCAAGGUGCUGCUGCAGAGCAUCAUGUCGCGAUGGCUGCCUCUGUCUGCGUGUGUGCUCAACGUUGUGGCCAAGAAACUGCCGGCACCAACGGAUAUGACCGAGGAACGCGUCAAAUCGCUCCUGUUUGCAAGCAAGGCCGCAGCCAAGGACGUGCCGAAGGAGGUGCAGCCCAUUCUGGACGCAAUGCUGAAGUGCGCACCGUUACCGCAACACGACGCUGGCGAUGGGGAUGGUGACAAUAGUGGCGACACAUCAGCACAGACAGAGCCGUGUGUUGCGUUUGUGUCCAAGAUGGUUGCCUUUGAGCGGGCGAUGCUGCCCGAGAACCAGGCGCCGCGUGCAUCUGCAGAGGAGCUGCGUCGCCGCCGCGCCGAGGUGCUGGCCAGGCGGCAGCGUGUUGCUGCACUCGUUGGCGACAGCGGUGCCCAGGGCGAGGAAGAGAGCAUGCGGCUGGUGCAGCAGGUCUCCGAGGACGCCACGGCGCGUGGUGAUGCUGGACAAAGUGGCGGUGGACAAGAGGAGGAGGGAGAAGAGUCGUCGAAAUGGAUGUUCCUCGCAUACACGCGCGUAUUUGCAGGCACCAUUCGCCCAGGCCAGAAGAUACAUGUGCUCGGUCCACGCUACGACCCACGCCGCCCUGACCAGCACCGCACGGAAGUUGUGGUCGGCAGCAUUUAUCUCCUCAUGGGCAGAUCCCUUCUCGCCCUCAACGAGGCACCAGCAGGCACGGUGGUGGGCAUCGCUGGUUUGGAAGGACACGUGCUGAAGACAGCCACCCUCGCCACCACGCCCGCCUGCCCGCGACUGCGAGGCCUGUAUGAGCACACGAAACCAAUUGUGCGCGUGGCUUUGGAAACGGAACGCAUCUCGGACAUGCCGGCCCUGCACCGCGGCAUGCAAAUGCUCAACAAGGCUGAUCCAUGCGUGGAAGUGUUUGUUCAAGAGACGGGCGAGCUUGUGCUUGUCGCUGCAGGGGAGGUGCACAUUGAACGCUGCCUGACUGACCUCCGCGAAACAUUCUGCCCAGGCAUCAGCAUCAAGGUCUCUCCUCCAAUUGUUCCGUUCCGGGAGACGAUUGUCCCGCCACCCACCACCGACGUCACGAAUGAGGCCAUUGGUGCAGAGAACGCACGCGGCGAGCGCCGAUGCUACCUCCUCCCUGACGAUGUGGACGUCGACGACGAUGGCAUCAUUGUGUCCGUCAAGACAACAACCAAGCGUUGGACAAUCAAGGUUCGCACGCGUCCGCUGCCGGCAUCUGUGACGGCAAUUCUUCAGGACCACCCUGGCCUCCUCCGCGAGCUCUCCCUCGCGAUGAGCGACCGCGCACGCGAACUGUCGCGAUGGGUGCGGGAGACGAAGAAACAGGGCGGCGGAGACGAAGAAGAGACAGCGGCACCAGGGGAACAGAGCGAUGCAGAACACGAACACGCAACCGCUCACCAUGUUGUUGAUGACGACGACGGCGAUGGUGAAGGUGAUGGUGGUGAUGGCGAGCAAGCGGACGGUGGAGCAAAGAGUGGUGAGAUCGCAAGUGCUGGAGAGACAUCGGGCAAAGAAUCCCCGGAUGUGAAGGACGAUAGCAUUGACGUUAGUGACGAGCUUGUUGACCACAGCACGAUGACGGCUGAGGAGUUGUAUGAGCAGCUCAAGGCCGCGUUUGAGGCGGAAGGACGCGAGUGGGCCGGUGUUCAGGACACCAUUGCCUCGUUUGGUCCUCGCCACAGCGGCACCAACAUCCUCACCACCAGCCCAGGCCUGCCGUACCCGAAUGUGUUUGGGUCGAAGGUUGGGCAGAACGUGAGCACGUGGGCGAAGGAGCUGUUGUCGCACCUCAAUCCUCUGAUUGUCAGCUUCCAGCUCGUCACCCAGACGGGUCCGCUCUGCGAAGAACCCAUGAUGGGCGUCUGCUUCGACGUCGUCGACAUUCAAGUGGACGAGUCUGUGCCGUAUUCCAGUCGCCAAUUCUCUGGUCAGGUCAUUUCCGCCAUGCAGGACGCAUGCAGACAGGCGUUCCUUGUGCGUGACGUCCGCUUGAUGACGGCCGUGUACUCGUGUGAUCUCCUCGUCAACAGCGGCAGUCUCGGCAAGGUCUACGGCGUGAUCAACAAGCGCAACGGCAAAGUCAUUUCCGAGGAAAUGCGUGAAGGCAGCGACAGCUUUCAGAUCAAGGCCAAACUGCCUGUGACACACAGCUUUGGUUUUGCAGAAGAGCUUCGCAAACGCACAAGUGGGCUUGCUGUGCCACAACUUGUGUUCAGCCAUUGGGAAGUCAUUGACGAGGACCCAUUCUGGGUGCCAACGACUGAAGAGGAAAAGGCACACUUUGGCGAGAAGGGCGACGCACCCAACCUCGCGCGCAAGUACAUGGACGACACACGCAAACGCAAGGGGCUGUAUGUGGAGCGGAAGAUUGUGGAGUUUGCUGAGAAGCAGCGCACCAUCACCCGCAACAAGUGAAGUGUUUUGUGUGUGUGUGUGUGUGUGUGUGUGUGU